GCGCGAUGGCUAAUGCCUCCCCAGACCUGGACAACGCGGAAGCCCAGCGCCAGCUCAACAACAACAACCGACCAAUCAGCUCUGGGUUCUGGGAGACGGAGUGCACCAGCUCCAAGCUGUUCGAGUGCUCCCGCAUCAAGGCCCUGGCAGAUGAACGAGAUGCAGUGCAGAAGAAGACUUUUACCAAGUGGGUUAACUCACAUCUGGCCAGAGUGUCCUGUCGUAUAUCUGACCUCUACAACGACCUGAGAGAUGGAUACAUGCUCACCAGACUGCUGGAGGUGCUCAGUGGAGAGCUGCUGCCGAGACCAACUCGAGGACGUAUGCGGAUCCACUGCCUGGAAAAUGUUGACAAAGCGCUGCAGUUCCUUAAAGAGCAGAGGGUUCACUUGGAAAAUGUCGGUUCCCACGACAUCGUGGAUGGAAACCACCGUCUCACUCUGGGCCUUAUGUGGACAAUUAUUCUACGCUUCCAGAUCCAGGUGAUCAAAAUAGAAACAGAGGACAACAGAGAAACUCGCUCUGCCAAGGACGCUCUGCUGCUCUGGUGCCAGAUGAAGACUGCAGGGUACCCUGAGGUCAACAUCCAGAACUUCACCACCUGCUGGAGAGACGGCCUCGCCUUCAAUGCCCUCAUUCACAGACACAGACCCGACCUGAUAGAGUUCCACAAGCUGACGCGCUCCAAUGCAACUCAUAACCUCCAGCAAGCCUUCAACAUCGCAGAGCAGAACCUGGGCCUCACCAAACUCCUGGACCCUGAGGAUGUAAACACAGAGAACCCAGAUGAAAAGUCUAUCAUCACCUAUGUGGUUUCCUACUACCACUACUUUUCCAAGAUGAAGGCUCUUAUUGUGGAGGGCAAGAGGGUUGGCAAGGUACUCGAGAACUGUGUCGAAGCGGAGAAAAUCAUCAACCGCUAUGAAGCUCUGGCAUCAGACCUGCUGGACUGGAUCGAAAAGACCAUCGCUAUCAUCAGCAACCAGAAGUUUGCCAACUCACUGACCGGAGUUCAGCAGCAGCUUCAGGCCUUCACAACCUACUGCACCAUCGAGAAGCCCAUCAAGUUUCAGGAGAAGGGAAAUCUCGAGGUUCUUCUUUUCACCAUCCAAAGCAAACUCAGAGCCAACAACCAGAAACCCUAUGUGCCUCAUGACGGGAAGCUGAUCUCAGACAUCAACAAGGCCUGGGAGAGGCUGGAGAAGGCGGAGCAUGAGAGGGGUGUGGCCCUGCGCAAGGAGCUGAUUCGUCAGGAGAAGCUGGAGUUGCUGGCUCAGCGCUUCGACCACAAAACCACCAUGAGACAAGCCUGGCUCAAUGAAAACCAGAGACUUGUAUCACAGGACAAUUUCGGCUACGACCUGCCAGCAGUCGAGGCGGCAAUGAAGAAACAUGAAGCCAUAGAAGCGGACAUUGCCUCAUAUGAAGAGCGAAUCGGAGUGGUGGUGGAACUUGCAGCAGAGAUGGAGACGGAAGGAUACUAUGACAUCCGACGUAUCUUGGCUCGUAAGGAGAACAUCCUGGGGCAGUGGGCUCUGCUGAAGGAGCUGGUGGCAGGGAGGAGGACCCGGCUGGAGAAGAACCUGGCCCUGCAGAAGACUUUUCAGGACAUGGUUUACAUGAUUGACUGGAUGGAGGACACACAGGUUCAGCUGCUGUCAAAGGACUUUGGGAAACAUCUCCUGGAGGUGGAUGACCUGCUGCAGAAACACAGCCUGCAGGAGGCAGACAUCGCUGUGCAGGCUGAGAGGGUGGAGACGCUCAACACAGCUGCGCUCAAAUUUACCACGAUAGAGGGUUACCAACCGUGCGACCCUCAGGUGAUCUGUAACCGUGUCAACCACGUGUCUUCUUGUCUGGAGGAGCUGAAACAACUGGCAGUGAAAAGACAUGCUGAGCUCGAGGAGUCGAGACAGCUCUGGGCCUUUUUUCAGGAGCUGGAGGAGUCGGAGGCCUGGAUCAGAGAGAAAAGCUCCAUCCUGGGAGCGCAGGGCUACGGGAAGGACCUGAGCAGUGUGCUGAGGUUACUACAAAAGCACAAGACUCUGGCUGGAGAACUGCUGGCUCACCGGACGCUGCUGCAGAACACCAUGAAGAGAGGGAAGCAGAUCCUGAGCGAGAAGAGCUUUGGCACCGCGGGGAUCCAGGAGCGCAUUAUGGAGGUGAAGGAAGAAUGGAAGCAGCUGGAGGACCAGGCAGCGCAGCGUCUUGGACACCUGCAGGAGGCACUCAACUUUUUCCAGUUUUCCACGGAGACAGACGACUUGGUGGUUUGGCUGCAGGACGCUUACCGCCUGGUCUCCAGCGAAGACUUUGGACAUGACGAGUACUCAACUCAGUCACUGCUGAAGAAACAUAGAGGGGUCAGCGAGGCUGUUGACAAACAUCGUCUGCAUGUGGUGACGCUGCGCAAACACAUGAUGGUGCUGCCUCUGCGGUACCGUGAUCAGGAGGAGGUGCAGGUUCGUAUGGGCGAGGUGGAGCAGCUGUACACUGAGGUGGCUGAGGUUGCCGUGCUCAGACAGCAGUGGCUUCAUGACGCCCUUGCUGUCUAUCACAUGUUCAGUGAGGUCAACGCCUGCGAGCUGUGGAUUGAUGAGAAGGAGCAGUGGCUGGAUAAGAUGGAGAUCCCUGAGAGGCUGGAGGACGUGGAGGUGGUGGCACACAGGUUUGAGAGUCUGGACCAGGAGAUGAACAGCCUGAUGGGAAGGAUCCUAGAUGUCAAUCAGAUAGUUCAGCAGCUCCUGGAUGGAGGUCAUCCAUCUUCUACAGAGGUCAGAGGUUGUCAGGACCAUCUCAACUCCAGGUGGAACAGCAUUGUGGAGCUGGUUGAGCAGAAGAAGGAUCAGCUGGACUCCAUGUUGCGUCUGCAGAACUACUUGCUGGAGUGUGCAGAGAUCAAGUCUCAGAUCCAGGACAAGAGAAAAGCCAUCGACUCCACCCAGUACGUGGGCAGUGACCUGGGAGGAGUCCUGGCACUGCAGAGACGCCUCUCCACCAUGGAGGGAGCCCUGUCUGUCCUGGAGCCUAAACUACUGCAUCUGCAGGAGGAGGCGGAGCAUCUGGCCUCUGCUCACUCUGGUCGGACCAUGGAUAUUCUCGUGCCCUUCGAUGGCAUCAGCCUUGAGUGGGAGGAGCUGAAACGCACCCUGCAGGGAUGCGAGGACUCACUGUUGGUGGCUGGCAGGCUGCAAAGCUUCAUACAGGACCUGGACUCGUUCCUCACCUGGUUGGUCCAGACACAGACAGCUGCUGCCUCAGACCAGCUGCCCAACGACCUGGAGGAGGCAGAGAGACUCAUCAACAAACACGCUGCCCUGAAGGAGGAGAUAGGACGAUAUGAAGAGGACUACGAGCGCCUGCAGGCCAUGAACGAGCUGCUGGAGUCCGAGGAGGCCCCUCUCCCUCAGGCCGCUCUGCAGCAGUGGCUCCAGAAGCUCGAUGUCGGCUGGAAUAAACUGCUGGAGAUGUGGGAGAGCAGGAGAGAAGUUCUGGUCCAGGCUCAUAUCUUCCAUCUGUUCCUGAGAGACGUUAAACAGGCUGAGUCCUUCCUCAAUAACCAGGAAUCGGCCCUCGCUCACGUUGAGCUGCCCACCACAGUGGAGACGGUUGAAGCCGCCAUAAAGAAACACAAGGACUUCACCACCACCAUGGAGCUGAACCUGCACAGGAUCAAAGCUGUCAUCGAGGCCGGCGAGAGUCUAAUCAGCCAGAGCAACAUCUACUCUGAACGCAUCAGGGAACGCAUUGACACCCUCGCCAACAGGGGAAACCAGAACAGAGAGCUGGCUCAGCGGUGGCUGGAAAAACUGAACGACCAGUGGGAACUUCAGAGGUUUCUCCAGGACUGUCAUGAGCUGGGAGACUGGGUGUGCGAGAAGAUGCUGAUGGCGAGGGACAGCAGCCGAGACGAGACCCAGAAGCUUCACAAGAAAUGGCUGAAGCACCAGGCCUUCAUGGCCGAGUUGGCCCAGAAUAAAGAAUGGCUGGACAAAAUUGAGAGGGAGGGCCAGCAGCUGAUCCAGGAGAAGCCGGAGCUCAGUCCUGUGGUCCGGAAGAAACUGGAGGAGAUCAGGGAGUGCUGGCAGGAUCUUGAGAGCACCACCCACGCCAAAGCCCGCCAGCUCUUUGAGGCCAACAAGGCCGACCUGCUGGUGCAGAGCUAUGAAAGCCUGGACCAGAGGCUGGGCCAGCUGGAGGGUCAACUGGCCUACGUGGACCAGGGACAGGACCUCACCACUGUCAACAAGCAGCUGAAGAAACUGCAGACCAUGGAGACCCAGAUGGAGGAGUGGUAUCAGGAGGUGGGGCAGCUCCAGGUGCAGGCAGCCUCCAUACCACAGCAGACGCAGAUCAAGGGGACGGUAGCAGAGCGUCAGGCCGUCGUGGAGGCCAGGAUGGUGCGUCUCAUCGAGCCGUUGAAGGAGAGACGGCGCAUCCUGUUGGCGUCUAAGGAAGUCCACCAAGUUGGACGAGACCUGGAGGACGAGAUUUUGUGGAUCCAGGAGCGCCUCCCUAUGGCCAUGUCUCAGGAGCACGGUUCUUCGUUGCAGGAAGUCCAGCAGCUAAUGAAGAAGAAUCAGACACUUCAGAGGGAGCUGCAGGGCCACAUGAGCAGGAUUGAUGACGUUCUGGAGAGGGCGGGAAUCAUCGCCUCAAUACGCAGCCCCGAGGCAGACUGCGUCAGGGCUGGCCACGGCCAGCUGGCCCAGCUGUGGGCUCUGCUCUGGACAGAGACCGAGAGGAGGCAACUGGUCCUGGACGCCAUGUACCAGGCCCAGCAGUACUACUUCGACACGGCUGAAGUGGAGGCCUGGCUGAGCGAGCAAGAGCUGCACAUGAUGAACGAGGAGAAGGGGAAGGAUGAGCCCAGCACCCUGCAGCUGCUGAAGAAACACUUGAUCCUGGAACAGACCAUCGAGGACUAUGCUGAGACCAUCGGCCUUCUGUCGCAGCAGUGUCGGCAGCUGCUGGAGAUGGGGCAUCCAGACUGCGAGCAGAUCAGCAAGCGCCAGUCGCAGAUUGACCGUCUGUACGUGUCUCUGAAGGACCUGGUGGAGGAGAGGAAGAGCCGCCUAGAGCAGCAGUACUGGCUGUACCAGCUAAAUAGAGAGGUGGAUGAGCUGGAGCAGUGGAUCGCUCAGAGAGAGGUGGUUGCCAGCUCGCCUGAACUGGGUCAAGACUACGAGCAUGUGACAGUCCUGCAGGAGAAGUUCACAGAGUUUGCUUCAGAGACAGGCAGCGUGGGGCAGGAGCGGGUGACGGCCGUCAACCAGAUGGUGGACGAGCUCAUUGACUACGGCCACUCAGAGGCCGCUACCAUCGCAGAGUGGAAGGACGGUGUGAACGAGGCCUGGGCCGACCUGCUGGAGCUCAUCGAGACCCGGGCACAGAUGCUUGCCGCCUCACAUCAGCUGCACAAAUUCUUCUCCGACUGUAGAGAGGUUUUGGCUCAGAUUGAGGACAAACAUCGAAGACUGCCAGAAGUUCGGGCUCGGCAGGGCAGCACUGCCAACACUAGCACCCUGCAGAGACUCCUGCACAGCUUUGAACAGGACAUACAGCUGCUGGUCACGCAGGUGCGUCAGCUGCAGGAGAGUGCGGCCCAGCUGAGGACGGUGUACGCCGGCGAGAAGGCUGAAGCCAUUGCGUGCCGUGAGCACGAAGUGAUGCAGUUCUGGAAGGAGCUGCUGACGUCCUGUGAAGAGUGUCGAGUGCAAAUCACCACUGAGACAGAUAAGCUGAGGUUCUUCGGCAUGGUCCGAGACCAGAUCAUGUGGAUGGACUCGAUCAUCUGUCAGAUAGGGACAGGAGAGAAGCCCAGAGAUGUGUCCUCAGUGGAGGUGCUGAUGAAUUAUCACCAGAGUCUGAAGAGCGAAGUCGAGGCUCGCAGUCGGUGCGUACUCAAGUGUAUUGAAAUGGGAAAGACCCUGCUGGCUGUUCGAAACCCUGCAGCUGAAGAGAUUAAGGAGAAGCUGGACAAGGUGGUUGCUAAGCAACAUGAGCUGUCUGAGAAGUGGGACAAGCACUGGGAAGUCCUACAGCAAUUGCUCGAGGUUCAUCAGUUCGCCCAGGAGGCGGUGGUGGCAGAGGCGUGGCUGACCGCUCAGGAGCCGUUCAUUACCAGCUGCGAGCUGGGCGCCAGUGUAGAUGAAGUGGAGCAACUGAUUCGUCGACAUGAAGCCUUCCGCAAAGCUGCUGCCACCUGGGAGGAGCGGUUCAGCUCACUGCGACGAAUCACCACGGUAGAGAAGUUGAAAGCAGAGCAAAGUAAACUCCCCCCAACUCCUCUGCUUGGUCGUAAGGUCUUCCUGGACCCCCAAGAUGCCUCCCCGAGUCCAUCCACCCUCCCCCGCAUACCGAUCUCCCCCGUUAUGAGACAGACCAUCUAUGAACAGAACGAAGCCAGCUCACCUCCCUCACCCUCACCUGCAACUCCUACACCCUCUCCUUCUUCUGCGGUUCGACGGCUGGGGUCGACAGUCGCCAACUACACCCCUGUGAUGAAUGGGUCCAACUACCGUCACACCCUGGAGGCACGGCAUGGUGGUGUGGUGGGUGUGGCUGCAGGACUAGGCCAACCCGCACCUUCCUCAAUUGCAUCUAUUGCCACAGCGGCCAUGCUAGUCUCUGCCAACCAGGCGCGAGAAAGCAUCAGUACGGCAAGAGACCAUGCAACAAAAGCGAUGACUCACCUCCAGCCAGUGCAGGCAACAAAGGAACUGGAGGUGAGAUCGUCUCCGUAUCUGAGGCAGCCCAAAAUCAAACACAUGGAUGACGUAGUGACACCUCUGCUCGUCGCAAGCCGGCUGGAGAAGGUGAGGGAGAGGGGGAGGGAGAGAGAGAUGAUGAUGGGAGAGAUAGGUACAGAGAAAGUAGAGAUGGCAGUGAUGGCUGAGGUGGUACUCCAGGAGCCGGGUCGGGAGCGCCUUCAUAGCGAGCCCACCAGAGGCCCCCGGGGGUCCAGGAGUGACCCGUUGGGCCACGCUGAGCCCCAGGUCCAGACACACACCUCCCACAGAGACCACAAGAUAGAACGGCAGCUGUCCAGCGAGCAGCUGAUCCAAGCGCGCAGGGACGAGCUGCCUCAGGAGGUGUGGAGGGAACAGGCAGAGAGGCGGGAGAGGCGGACAUUAGAGAGACAAACGUCCAGUGAGCAUGAGGGCCACGGGAGCCAUGGGGGCUACGGGGGACACGAGGGCCACGAGGGCCGGCGGAGAGAGAGGGACCGAAACCGGCUGGAGAGACAGGAAUCCAGUGAGCAUGACACAGGGAAGGAGCACUCAGAUAGACGCUCAGCAGGAGGAGGGAGAGAAGAGAAGAGAUCCACAAUGGCAGAAAUUGUAGAGCAGCUGCAAGAAAGAGAAGCAGCACAGGCCCGUGGUGAGGUUCCCCGCCUCCCUAACGGGUUACCAGAGAAAUCUUCCCGUCCCGACCGACCCCGAGCUCGGGACAGACCCAAACCACGGCGGCGACCACGACCCAAAGAGGCAGGAGAGGCGACGACCCGGCGGUCCAGGUCCGCUCCGGCUCAGAGCAGCCCGGCAGUUCCCCAGCCUCCAACACACACUGCACACCAAGAGGGCUUCCUUUUCCGCAAGCUGGACAUUGAGAGUCUAAAGAAGAGCACCAACAGCAGGUCAUGGGUCAACCUGUACUGCGUGCUGAACAAAGGGGGCAUGGGUUUCUAUAAGGAUGCCAAGAAUACCGCUACGGCCUACAACAACGAGCCGAUGCUCAACCUCUCCCACUGCCACUGCGACGUCACCAACGGAUACAAGAAGAAGAAGAACGUCUUCACGCUCAAAACGAAGGAUGGCAGCGAGUUUUUGUUUCAUGCUAAAGAUGAGGACGACCUCAAAGCGUGGGUGACCAACAUCUCUGCCAGUAUUACAGAGCACGAGGAGAUUGCCAAAUGGGGUCAGCCCCAACCAACUACCUCAUCCACAGACGAGGGCACGCGCCGCGACGGCAGCAAGGCAGACAACAGGUCAGAGCGAGGUGGCGAGCGCUCGGACCGAGGCGAUCGGAUUGAGAGGGCAGAAAAGGAAAAGGAGAGGGAGAGAGGUGAAAGGUCGGAGAGGUCAGAUCGAGGUGGGAAGUCAGAGGCGAAGCGCUCAGAGAAGUCUGGUAAGAAAAAGUGAGCCGGGCGACAGAUUGGUCGGGAUUGAACCGUAUGAACUCUGGGUGGGAGGUGGGGCUGUAGACUGGUAGUAAACGCCCCCCUCCUUCUCUCCGCCUCCAACACUGACAACAAAGAGGUUGUGUUCGGAUGGAAAGUGACACACAGGACAGAGGGACUGACCCAGGCUCACUCGCAGGAUGGACAGGAUGAAUUAGGAGCAGGAGACAUCUUUCUCCCUCUCUUUCUCUCUUCUGUGUCUCUGUGAGACCACACAGAGUCACUGUACGCCCCCUGGUGGCCUUUUCAGAGAACCGCCAAGGGUGGAGUUUUGUGCUGCUGAACCCCGGGCAGCAUUAACGCAAGAGAGAGACGGGACAUGCAUCACGUUAACUUGAAGGCUGUUACUGAUUGCUGGUAGUGCGAUAAAAUGUAGCCCAUACUGUUCAACAUACUGUUUGUUCUUUUUUUGUGAGAUGAGCUCUAACUGUAUGUAUUUCUCGUCUGUCUGUCCUAUCUACUGUAUCUAUCUGUCCGUCUGUAAGUUAAGACAUCUUACACUAUGUCUUAUUACUCCUCGGUAAUGGAAGAGAAUGAAAUUAUGCCAAAAUGUUUAACGAACACACAAACUUAGACAAACUUUUUUGUUAACUCUUUUCUCCACUUUGUCUCAUCAGUCUCGAGGUGUCACCAUGAAAAGACAUGGAAUUCAGACUGGUUCACUUUGAUACCAAACACCACUGACGCCACAGUCAUCCAAACCCAUCACGAAUGAAUCAACAAUGCUGAACAGCUGCUGUCCUGAUUUUAGGAAGAUGGAAAGAAAAUGGUUAAGAACGAGGAGGGGCGUACGGAGAGCAGAAACCUCUAAUCGUUGCUCAGAAAUUGCUAGAAACACUUGAAAUCUUGACGUUACGAUUUUACAACGCUGAAAAAUUGCUCAGAAUUUUCUGAAUUCUGCCUGACGAGAGCGAAUGCUGCAGCUUCCUUUUGUUCAUGUUGAAUCGGGGUCAGAGAUUUUCUCACGAAGAUUCCUGAAGAGCGGACGAGUCACAUGGUGUUUUAACCUGUGACAAAUUCAGAAAGAUUGAACUACAGAUGCACAGUUUUUGGAUGAUUGUCAGAAAGAGACUUAAACUGAAGCUAAUCUCUGGUUCUCAGGGGCCUCAUUUAUUAAAAUAUGAUUUGAUUUUUAUCUAAUUCAAGUAAAGACCUAAUAAAAGAAACAUUUAAUGUCCCUAUUUUGAGAUUUAUGUAUAAAUAUCUAAUAUAAUUGGUGAAAUAUAUUUUGAUCAACUGGUUUAAUAAUCAAAGAUCAGUUUUCCAUAUAUUACAUGUUUUGGUCAUAAGCACAAAAUCUGCAUCGGGCAUGUUUUUAAUGAAUGAGGCCCUCAGGCUGAAAACUGGCCUCAUUUCAUUCUCUCACAUCAAACUACUUUGAUUUAUUCACACAUCCGUUUUGAUACAGAGUUCAAAAUAACUUUUAUGUGUGUGAGUAUGUGUGCGUGCACAUGUGUGCUGCUGCCCUCCGCUCCCAGGGUCUCCAUAGCUCUCAGGUUAUUUAUGUUUGUGUGUGCUUUCCGUGUGCUUCACGUGCUUAUACGUUUGUCCCUUCAGACGCCACCUUAGUCUUCCAGACACGUCCGGUCUACAACACACACACAUGCACACACAUACAGACAGACAGACAGACACACACACACACACACACACACACACACACACACACACACACAGGAGUAUGGAACUCAGCAGGUUUAAUGUGUCCGAAAUUAUUAACCUGUUUCCGAGUGUAAACUGUGUGGGUCAACAUCUCGUCAGUGUAGCGUUAGACAGGAAUGAAUGACUGAAUAAAUGAAUGAAAAAGUGAAUGAAGUGACAGCCAGGAUUUCACACUGACCAAAUAUUUUACAAAAAAAAAAGGGUUAAACUGCCUGUAAAUCCUGAGAUUGCAUGUUUUGCUUGGAGAGAAAUCACUUGUCUUAAGAAGCUCGUCUCUGCUGCCCACUGACUCUGCAUCCACAUGUCAGUUUAUAUUUAUUUUUUGUGAACUCACCACUAAGCCAUAAACCACAGGAAACAAGGACAGAAGAAAAGGAUUGAGAGUAUAGUUAAAGUCUAAUGAAGUGGUAAAUGCAGCAUGGGUUUUGUGAAGCACGUGCCACGGAGGCUGACGGGCAGAGUAAAGUUAUUUUUUUCUGAAGAAGCCUCCGGGUCAGAAAGCAUUUAAAAUCCUUUUAAUAAAUUCAUUUCAGAUACGAAUGCUGUUUUAAUAUCACUGCUCUGAAUGAAGAUAUUCUUCAUUUAGUUGGUUUUUUUUCCACUUAAAGUCCAACUGAAAUGUGGCGCAUUUAUUUUCUUUCCCCAGCCCACACAUCUGCUCAUGUCCUAUGCUCAGCUUUUAGAAAAUAUCAGAAAGUUAAAGGGGGGAAUUCAUAUAGCUACAACUAGAACCUGACUGAUAUGGAAGUUUAAGGAAUGAUACCGAUAAAGAUCAAAACAUUUCAUAAAUAAAAAACAACACAAAAAAAUUCUGAUCCAUAUACUUAUAUCGGCUGCUAUAAAUAGAUUUUAAAGAUUGGCAAUGAUUCCUAAGAUGUCGUUAUCAAACUACUAUGACAAAGAAAUGUAAGUGAGGCUUGAUAUUUUAUAUUAGAACACAAACGUUAUCAUAAAUACAACAAUUACAACCAAAUAUAGAACUUGAAUUAAAAAAUAAACCUUUUUACCUUAAAUAUAAACAUAAAUACACAAUGUUUAUUCUGUAAAAUAAAACUAACUAAUAAAACUUUCUGUACCGGCAAUAUAAACACUGAUACUGUUUAUUAUGGUCUCCUGCCACUGGUGGCCACUGUGAGCUGGUCGGACAAAAGAGAAGAAAAAAAAAACUAUACAAAAAACUAAAGAUGUGAUUUCAGUUGGACUUUAAACUCGCAUCAUCAUCUCUGAGCAGGUAAUUUCCAUGUCUGUAGAGGAUUUGUUUAAUAUUUUUAGAAAUCAUUCUUUACCUGGGUGAAGUUGAUCAUUGUCUCUGUUUCUGAAACGUUUAACAUCGAGUUGAGGAGUUACAGUGUUAUUACACCGUGUCUGGCUGUUCUGUGUGUUUGUAUUUUUUUUUACUUUCUCCUUCAGGAUUUUAAAGUCUCUCUCUACCUUUUUUGUGGUUUGGUUUAUCAUAAAACAUGUCUUGAGAACAUGAAACUUUCCUUAUCUUUUUACACUUUUUAUGCAUCUAAAUUAGGCGUGAAUGCCAGAUCAAUGCAAUCAUUUACAUGCAUGUUGGACACAACAAACAGUCAGAGUUAAAAUAGGUGAAUCCAUGUGUGAAGUGACAUGGUACAGGCAUCUGCGGUCGGAUUAUCACUCUAACAUCCUGAUAAACUGACACACCUUGAUGCUGUAGAUGCACACGGGACAGAACAUGCAGGGUACAGCUCAUAUGAUCACAGGCACCAUCACAAAGUCUGAAAUCGGAACCAUUUUACGCUGCAGAAACAAGAGAUGUGUGAAGGUCAACAUGGGAAACAUCUGAGUGGGAAACAUGGAUAAGGUGGCAGCUGCCCUGCCUGUCUGCGUGUGUCCGUGCUGUUCUGUUCACAUUGACCUCAGUCUGUUGGCCGAGAUGAA